AUGCGCAACGUUCGACUUCUGAUCACUGAUAUUCUUGUUCUACUACUUCAAAUUUGUGUUAUCAUUUCUGCUGGUUUGAUCCUCUUCCUGUUUUUUAGAAAUAAAAAGCUACGCAAGAAGCCUAGCCAUCGGUUACUACUUUUUCUGACAUCUACUGAUUUCCUUCAUGCAACAACAGCCCUAUUCUACUCCAUAUAUCUGACAGCAAGUUGGGAUCCAACAACUAUUGACUUGAAUCCAUAUAUUGUUUUGAUUUUUAGUACACCUUUAGUAAUCCAGCUAAAAAUCAACUUAACUUUGACUAUAUCCAUAGCUUUUGAAAGGACCCUGGCUCUUGCCUUUCCCAUGACUUACCGUAAGCUGUCCUCUUCCACAUAUGCAGCCUACAGCCUGCUAAUCGGCUGCUUACUCGCAGUUCUUGAUCUCGUCGUCGACUUUAUUCUCAAUCCUUUCAAUCAAAAACCAAAUUGUGCAGCUAUUGGUUGCUUUGUUAGCAAAGAAUUUCACUAUUACUGGGGAUCCAGUAACAUGGCGAUGGGGUCCGUAGUUAUUGUCCUAACAGCUGUGGUUAUGGCUAAGUUACGCUCCAUUCAGAAGCAUUCUCAAAACGCUCAACUGGCUCCGGCAGUUGGCAAGGAGUCGAACAACUUUGCGCAGGUAUGUUUGGUCAAAGAGAAUGUGCCCAGGGGUGAAUGA